AUGAAGGUGCUGCCCUAUAUACAAAUACCCGGAACGGGCAAGACUAAGGCCGAGUUGCGUGAUUCAGUUCCGCAACGAGCGGCCUGCAAGGCCCAGUUCGCGGACUACAGCAGGGAUCAGCUGCUGGCUGCCCAGCCGGGCUUGCAACGUCUGUAUCAGGUGCAGGCGCACCUCCAAUCUGAUUUACUGGCGUGCGAUGCCCGGUGGUCGCUUUUUGUGGCAGCCGUUACGAGCUAUAAGUUCGAAUCCCUGGUCCUUCCUUUUCCGAAGGAGUUUCUAAACGAACAGCAGCGACCGAACAUAAACAAAGUGUAUGACAUAAUUGGAGAUGUGCCGCGCCUAGAGGUGGUCGAGCAGCGGCUGCUCCAUUGCAAUUAUGGCCCCUGUCGUCCGGAUGUGAUGAAGCUGUUGCACUCUGUGUUGGUCAAGCAUGGCGAGCGGGUCGCCCUCAACUCUCUCAGUCAGUGUCAAUUUGAAUCAUUGUUUGCGUAUCUUCGUGUGGCUCCUCCACGCCAAAUGCCUAGCCAAAUACUGGAGGUCACGCCUAGUCCGAAGAGCGCCCAUACAAAAGCGUAUGCGCGCCUCUGCAGACAGCAUCCCGUCAAGCUGGCUUACUACGGGGGCAAGCUGGAGCACUUCUAUGGCCUGCUGACGGCGGAUAGACUGCCCGAAGGCAAGCCCCUAGUGCUCACCAGCGAUGUCAACGAAGCAUUGAAGAGAAGUCCGCCUGGAGCCGGUUGGGGCGGUUCUCGAUGCGGCUCCCUGCUGCGAUGUGUCGCCAUUGUGGAGCUGGUCUGCGCUCCCAAGUAUGUCGUUCUGGAGGCAGAUGAGCAAGGAGUUCGGGACGGGCGCCGUGUGCUGGUCAACAAUGCGAGUUGCAUACAAAUCUCGUACAUCCUGAUCUAUGGCCAGAGCUGCAGGCAAUUUGAGGCACAGAAGCCCUGCCGCCAGCUGCUGAACUGGGCGGAGGCCAACAAGUAUGCCAUCUCGUUAGGCGUCUAUCUGAUGAUACUGUCAUUCACCUCCAGUUGUGGGCGAGGCUUCUUCCGCAGCUUCGCACGUACCAGCCUAAAUGUGUUUAAGAGAGGCUUGCUCAGAAUGUAG